AUGCGCCUUGUUGGUGGACCACUUCACCUCCGCCGCCGCCGCCCGACCCGCAGGGAGACGGCAGUGUUGGAGCGGCGAGUGCGGCAGUUGUCACAUCCACACUUUUGGAAAAACUUCGGCGGAAUGUACUUCGUAAGCGUCUUGAUUGGCAGCAGAUGCCCUCACGGUAUCCGCUCGUGCAGCGGCUGCCCGUAUGGCGACAGCGUUUUUGCGUGGAGCGCGCGCUUUUUGCCCUCGUCGGCCCUCCCGCUGCCGAGUGGCGGCAGUGUCACGGAUACAUUUGUAUGCAGCGCACCGAAGCGGAGGGGUGACGAUGCGGCCGUGCUCCAACGCGAAGUGGCAGAGCGACGGGCGCAGCAAGCAACGGAGCGGCGCACAAGGCUUGAGAAUCAGAUCGAGACGAAACGGAGGUUGACGGAGAAGUGGCGCCAGUACACGUGCACUCCGAUAAGGUACUUUAGCACGCGAGACACAGAGGAAAAAAAGUACGCCGCCUUUGAUGAAGCCACGGGGCUCCCGACGCGACGCGCGACAGGCGAGGCGUUGGGCGAGAAGGAGCAGAAGAAACUCGCAAAGGAGCUUGCGCGGUACGCGAAGGUCCACGAGGAGUUUGUUGCGAAAGGGGGCGAGGGGUGGCUGGCGGAGCAGGAGAAGGAAUUGGCAUCGCUUUGCCAGGCCCUCGAAAGCCUCUGA